AUGGAUCCAUUUCGUAUGGAAAAUCGACCAACGGUUGGAUUUUCUCAUCUUGAUAUUCGUAGCCAAGAAUUAGUAGAAGCCGAUAUACCUUCAUUUCGAGAACAACGUAUUGGAAAGGCGCAUUUUAUUCACGACCAGCCAAUUCAAAACGCGAACGAAUAUGAUAAUAUUACCGGUAAUUGUGAUUUAUCGUCUGGGAUUUUGAGUCACAUUGAUCAUAUCCUCAUGGAGGAGGACUUUGACGAAAGCGCAUGCAUGCUUCAAGAAGAAUCAUUGGAUUUUCAAGCGAAAUUCACUUCGUUUUACGAGGUGCUUGGCCAAAAAUACCCACCUUAUUCCCCACAAAAUGAAUCUCCUUCUCACGUUCAAUCUAUUGAGAGUGCACAUAAUUAUAAUCACUCUUGUGUUGAUCACCCCAACUUAAUGACUAGCAACAAUCAUUUAGUCGAUCCAAAUCAGGACUCACACAAUCUCCCGAAUUACGAUAACUAUCUUACUAGUGAUAUUCUUUCCGAUUCAUCGAGUGGAGUGGUUUGGGAUUUUGGCAGGGGAGUUAGUUGGUCACAUCCUAUUGGGAGCGAAGUGUUGGAUUAUGCGGAUAGAGUGUUCUCUUUAGAAAUUCGAAAUAGUUGCGGUGAAAAGAAGAUGAAGAAUAAGAACGUAAAUGUGAAAAGCUUGUAUUUCGAAACAAGGGAUAUGCAAAAAUUCUCCGCGGUGAGUGACAUAACCGAGGAGUUAAGCAAUGUCUCGCAGUAUAUACUCGACGGGAGUGAAGAGCUCCUCGCAGCUUAUAUGGCCGACCUGAAAUUCUCGGAAAGCAAUAAGAGUGUCGAUUCGAUUAACAAUGAUCAAGCCAAUAAUGAAGCCCCGAGUGGCGAAAGUAAGCUAAAAAAGAGAAGUAAGAAAAAGAAAGACGAUGAAGUAGUCGAUUUGACGUCACUUUUGAUUAAUUGUGCCGAUUUUAUCGCCGACGGAGGUCAUGAAGCCGCGCGUAACUUGCUUAAACAAAUCAAGCUCCACUCGUCCCCUUACGGCAACCCUAGCCAGAGAUUGGCCCAUUACUUUUCGGAUGGGUUAGAGGCCCGUUUGGCUGGGCCCAGCAGCGAAAGGUUCAAAUCCCUCGAGCGCAUGCCCGAACCUUCCGACGACUUGAAAGCCCAUUGCAUGUCGGUCGUCUUUACCCCUUUCAUGAGAUUCACGCGCUUCGCGUGCGACAAAAUGAUACUGAUGAAGUCGAGUAAAGCCACGAGGCUUCACAUCGUCGAUUUCGGCUUCUCGACCGGUUUCCAAUGGCCGGAUUUCAUCCGGCGGUUGGCCAAACGGCGGAGUGGGCCGCCGUCCCUCAAAAUCACCGGAAUCGACUUCCCUCUCGAGGGCCCGCGGCCCGCAGAGAGAGUCGAGGAAAUGGGCCUUCGGCUGGCCCGUUUCGCCGAGAAGUACGGCGUCCCGUUCGAAUGCAUCACCGUAGCCGAAAAAUGGGAGGACGUGACAUUGGAGAAGCUAAAAAUCGAGAAUGGCGACGAAUUCGAUUUCGUGGUGGUCAACUUUUCGGACGGGGCGAAGAACGUUCCUGACGAGACGGUCAACACCGAGAGAUCGAGAGACACGGUGCUUAACUUGAUACGGAAAGUCAAACCGGAUGUCAUCGUGCACGGAGUGGUCAACGGGGCCUUCAACAAGCCGUUUUUUGUCCAUCGGUUUCGAGAGGCUUUGUCGCACUACUCUGCGAUGUUCGAUAUAAUGGAAGCGAUGAUGGGUCGGGACAAACCCGAACGAAUGCUAGUCGAGAGGGAUGUAUUCGGAAAAGCCGCGUUCAAUGUGAUAGCUUGUGAGGGAUUAGGGAGGGUCGAAAGGCCCGAGACUUAUAGGCAAUGGCACGUGCGUAACGUGAGGGCCGGUUUUGUGGGAAUCCCUUUCGAGAGGAAGUUGAUGGACGAUAUUACGCGCGAGGUGAGGAAUUUUUACCAUAAAGAGUUUGUGAUAUACGAAGAUCAUCACUGGUUGUUGAUGAGCUGGAAAGGGCGGGUGUUUUACGCGAUAUCUCUAUGGAAACCUGCUAAUUCUUGGGAGGAGGGUAAAAUCGGAAUUCUUAUUGCACGGGGGGCCCCGUUUUUCGUGACCGGGUUCAGGGAGGCUCUGUUUAGCUACUCGUCGAUUUUUGAUAUGUUGGAGACGAGUAUACCGCCGGAGAAUCCGGACGCGGUUUCGAAGAUGAGGAGAUAUUACCAUCGGGAGUUUGUGGUGGACGAGGAUAACCGGUGGCUUUUGAUGGGAUGGAAAGGGCGAAUACUUUAUGCGUUAUCGUGUUGGAAACCGGCUUGA